GUGCUCACUUGGCGUUGGUCAGGAGUGCGAGCAGGAUCAGCAUAAGCAACAGCAGGUUGUUUACAGUGUGCGCGGAAUAAGCGUGGAAAAUGAGUGUGGUGUGGAGGAAAAUUACCAGUGCCGUACGUUAUCAUUACACCGAGACGACGUAUGCCCGCACCGAGGAACAGCUGGAACGGGAACGAUGGCUCAUUCCAAAGUUGAUCCCGUUCAGUCGCUACAUGCUGAUGCCGGCUGCUAUUCUCAGUCAGGUAUGCUGUGGUUCCUUAUACGCAUGGAGCGGUUACAAUCUGCCCAUAGAAGCCAGAAUGUACGGAUUCAACGACGCGAAGGAUCGCGCCAUUGCGGUCAACGUCUUUUACCUGGCUGUGGCGGUGUUUGCGCUGAACGCGGCAUUCCUGGGACCCUGGCUGGAACGCAACGGUCCGUUGAAGGGGGCACUCCUGGGCUCGUGCCUGUUUUAUCUGGGCAACCUGACCACCGCUCUGGCCAUCUACGUUAACCAGAUGUGGCUUAUUUAUAUCGGUUAUGGUGUGAUUGCCGCUGCGGGACUCGGCAUCAGCUACAUUUCGCCUGUGUCGCCUCUGCAAAAAUGGUUCCCCGAAAUGCGGGGCGUUGCGGCUGGUUUAGCAGUCUGCGGCUUUGGAGCUGGCAGCGUUUUUUCACCCUAUACACAGCGGGAGCUAAUCGGACCGGAAUACGCCAACACCGGGAAGGUUUUCUUGGGUUUGGAACUGACAUUCGUUAUCCUGGGUUCCUGCUACUUUGUCAUCAUGACAACCAGCGCUCUAGUUCUUCGCAUGCCACCGCCAGGGUACACUGUAAAAGGCGUGACAGUGUACACAGUUAAAGGCGCGGAAAACCUAUUCAAAACUAAGAAGGCUUUGGUGGAUGACCUACCGAAACCUGGUCAAGAAACGGAGAAGAACAAAAUGGAGCUAGCGACGAUCGAGAGGGAACUCACCGCGAAAGUACGGGCACGGUCACGCGGCAGCUCGGUCGUGGAGAUCAUCCCGGAUUACGCCAAACAUUUUUCCAUGACACUGAAGGAAGCACUAACGUCACCGCAGUAUUGGAUGAUGUAUUUCAUGUUUCUCGGAUCGGAGAUCACCGGUUUAUUGAUCAUCUCCAAAGUGCAGAGCAUUGCACAUAAUCAGCUCAGGCGAUCCAAUGCGGAAUCCGCUGAUAUCAACUCCGGACUUGGAGGGGCAAACGUGCUGGGCCGGCUAAUACUACCGCUGAUAUCCGACUUGAUCAAAAGCCGCAAAGCUCUUUUCAUUGUGUCGCUGACAUGCCAAGCCGUCUGUCUAGGAUGCCUGCCGAGCGCUCUGAAUGCCGAAAGUCUGGGUGGAGUGCUGGCUUGUACACUAAUCAUUGGGUUCUUUUACGGUGGCGGCUUCGGGAUGAUCCCGGCGUUUUUGGCUGAUCAGUUUGGAGCGAAAAAUGUCGGAGCAACGCAUGGAAUGAUCCUUACAGCAUGGGCGAUUGCUGGGGUGGGCGGUGGAUUGAUUUUUUCUGCUGUGUACAACCAACAGAGAAUAACGUAUCCUGAUGACGAUAUCAUGUGGUACGAUCUGAAUUUCCGUUGGAUACUAGGACCGGUACUGUUAGCGCUCAUCCUCGCGGUUCUCGUACCCACCGAUCUACGGGAUCGUAAACUGCCGCGUGUGGAAGGUGAACGGUUGCGCUUCCGUCUGCCCAACGGCCGAUUAGUGAGAUUCGUGCACGGACGAUUCCGGGUGGUCCGCGCGGAGCAAGAGGAGACCGAAUGGGUCGCCUAUUUGAAAUCUCUUCAUGUGGACGUUCAGAAGGAAAAGAUUGCCCAGACAGUUUGAUGUUGUAAAAUACGUAUUUUACGUAAGAAUUUUCAAGGUGAUGCGUUAAUUUGAUGUUAGGCUGAUUUUUUCUUGACUAUUUCCAUUUUUUCGAAGUAGGACUACUUGAAAUGUAAAGUCCGCGUUGAGCAAGAGGAGCAAUUAAAGUGCAUAUGCACCGA